AAUAUUAAUAAUACUACAUUAUAACUAUAAAAAGUAUCUUCUUCGAGUUCGAAGAUUAAUCAGGAGUGCAGUAUUUCAUGUGGCUACAUAGCCCCAGCUAUAACCGACAUAUUUGUCAAUGAUUAUAUUGAAUCACUUCUUGCUAAAUUUUGUUUUGUUUUUUUCUUCUGUAGAUAUUUGCUCUCUCACCAUGAAGCUAUUUCACCGUAUAUUAUUUAUCCAUGUCAUAAUGUUUCCUUACAUAAAAGGUAUGGACGUUGUGUUCCCGGAGAUAGCGAUUAAGCCCUACAAUCAGCUUGACAGUAUCACCAAUUGUUUAGAGGGUCUUAUCAGUAAUUAUGACACUCUAGUCAUGAAGGUUUCUGUGACCUUUCCUCCAGAGUUAAAAGACUGGGCUUCUUAUAUUAAACUGUUUAUCACUACUGCCUCUGAAACUUUAAUACCUUACCCAGUGAACUUAAAGAAGAGAUCUUGCUACAAACGGAAACACUCUGGCCCAGAAUGCUAUUGCGAAAGACAUCACCAUCACGUGUUCAAUGUGACGUGCAGAUUUCUAGCUACUACAGAUAUAAGUGAAGCCGAGAUUUAUGGCGUCCUAUAUAACUAUAACAACUCUGAAUUUAGAAGCUCUUCAGAGAAGUUACCCACAAUUUACGAUCUCUCGAAAAUGAGGUUGAUAGUCAAUGACGUGAUCAUUCAGGACGUGGACAAUUGCUCUUUCCCAAUAGACACCCAGAAACCAACGAUUUAUUUCUGCUGCUCCAAUACCCCCUGGCCUUGUGAGACUGUCAUUAAAAGUAAAGGCAACACCUUAGCGCAAACCAAACACUGUGUCACCUACACAAGUCAACAGCCUCCAGAACCAAAGUAUACAAUGGUAUAUACAGUAUGUGACGAGGAAAAGAAAUCAGAAUCUUUUAUCUGUUACAUCUCUAAUGCGUUCACGUCAAGUAAUUUCUCAAGACAAUGGAUCAUAAUCUUAGAUUUGAUAGUUGUUUUCCGAUUAAUUAUUUGAUAAAAGUCUGGUAGAGAAGGCCACUAACGUAUUCAAUAUCCUUGGGCUUUUGCUAAUUAUUUUUUUUUCUUAAUUGUAAAGCAUACAAAAUACAGGGAAACAAUUUAGACAAAAUAUGUUUUGAAGUUACAUGCUAAGAAGACUUUUGUACAGAUGUUUAUAUGCAAGCAAUUUAUAUUUGAAAAUUUAGUAACUAUAUUUUUGGAAUGAUUUGUUUUGUUCACCUUUAGUAAAACAAAAGCAAUGCAUUUGUAAUUUAUACAUAUACUUAAAACAAAUAAAAGAUGUUUUGUUAUAGUCUAAAUAGGAUCUUGAUAAUUAGCUGUUUAAUAUACUUGUAUACCUAUAAACAUAUGAAGGAUGCUAUAAUGUGUGUAGCUUUAGGAAAUAUACCCAGAGCUCAUCUAUCUUUCUUCUCGCCCAUUACCUUAAUAUACAACCCUAACCUAGUUUGAUUACAGUGUGAGAUGUCAUGACUAAUUUUACUGUAAUUGGUUUUUAAAAGCAUUUACAACCAAAAAAUAACGAUCUGGAUUGGAAGUGGAUGACUAUAAAAGUAUUUCCCUGAAGCUUAUAACUCAACACGAACUUACGUUGGCUAAAAGUGGCUGUAUUCGCCUGAUGCCUGUUACCCUUGAGUGGUCAGAAGUGGUCCUGUGUUGGCCAUAGGCCUGUGACCUUACAUUUAUUUUUUUUUUACUCUGAUGCGUGAUUUCCCAAAUGAGACAAUAGAUUUCAUUAUGGUAUAUGAUAUGUAUUUAAUUGUAAUAUAUGACUUGUUUUGUGUGUCGUAAUUUACAAUUAAAAAAAAGAGAUAAAAGACACCGAUAGCAAAGACACAAAAAACUUUUGUUCCGCUGGCAAUCUAGUCAUUAAUAGAAACAAUCCAAUAUAAACUUUUCACAUGUAAAUUAUGAGUGAGUCUGUUGUACAUGUACAUUUUUUAUAGUUGUAUAAUUUUGUUUGGUGUAAUGCACAAAUUGUAAUACAAAUGUCCUUACAAUAAAAUUAUUAUUAUUUUUAUUAUUAUUAUUUUUGACCGUGUACUUUUGCUUUUAUUGAGGCCUGUCAGCCUACAGUCAGUUAUUUACACAUUUAUUAAAAUUAUUUAUGUUUACCUAA